AAAUAUCGUAACUGUCUCGGGGACAAUACCCCAUGCUGAGGAUUAAUGGUCCCUCCAGACCUUUGAUUCACCAGCGCCUUUUCUUUGCCCUUGACAAAUUGGAUUUUUAGGAAUGGGAAGGUCGCCUGGCCCAUUGUCUGCCAGCCAUUCACUCCGCCUGAUUAUGCAGGAGGGUUAGGGAAAGGCUCCAUGUGACCCUCUCGGAUGGGACUCCGCAGCUGCUCGAGGAGCCAAACUCUCUCACCAAACUCCGCGCCCCGGAGCAUCCCCCUGCCAAGGGGUACCCCUCCUGCUCCCGUUGAAAAGCCGGCGCCCACAACACCGCCGCGUCACUCCGCGGGCGGGGAUACGCCGCGGCUCGUCCUCCCCGCCUGCCCCUGUCACUCCGGCCCCCUUAAGUACUUGGGGUUCCCGAGCGCUGGCACCCGGAGGCAGCGAUGCAAAGCAGCAGGGCCCCGGCCGGCAGCGUCAGCGCCGAGAGCUGCAUCCCUGCGGGGCUGCGGCUGGGCCCUGUGCCGGGCUCCUUCAAACUGGGCAAGUACCUGUCAGACCGCAGGGAGCCAGGACCCAAAAAAAAGGUGCGGAUGGUGAGAGGGGAAUUAGUGGAUGAAGCCGGGAGCUCAGCUCUGGAGUGGAUAGGGUUAAUCCGAGCUGCCCGAAACUCCCAAGAGCAGACACUGGAGGCUGUUGCGGAUCUGCCAGGAGGACAGAUUUUCUACCGGGCGCUGCGAGAUGUCCAGCCGGGAGAGGAGCUCACCGUUUGGUACUCCAACCCACUGGCGCAGUGGUUUGACAUCCCUGUCACGGCCACCCCAACGCACGACGAGAAAGGUGAAGAGCGGUACAUCUGCUGGUACUGCUGGAGGACCUUCAAGUACCCAAACAGCCUCAAGGCACACGUCCACUUCCACUGCUCGCUGAGCCACGGCCGCCCCUUCCUCCACCACGACCACGGCCGGCCCGCUGCCUUCGGCCUCCAGCCCAAGGAGCCGCCUGCCGCCGCGCUGCGCGCCCACCCGCCGCCGGGCUGCGGCCCGCGGGAGCCCGUCAAGCGCGAGGCCGCCAUCGCUUCCCCGCCGCUCGCCAAGCCUGGGCUGCCCAAGCGUGCGGCGGGCAAGGAGGAGCAGGAGCGGGCUCUGGACAUGAGCGUAGGGGCCGCCCGCGGGCCGGGGCCGCUGCUGGGGCCGGCGGGCGGCAACGGGCUGGCUCUGUGCCCCGGGGCGCGCUCGGCCUUCCGCCCCGCCGGGCCGCUGCGGGAGGAGGCGCGGGGCGCCGCCGCCCUCGGCUUCUCCAAGCUGCUGGGAGGGCUGAAGGCGGGACGCGCAGCCUCCGAGGCGCCGCCCAAGUGCGGGGCGCUGCCGGGCGAGGCCGCCCCUCCGGCGGCAGCGGCCGGUCUGGCGUGCGGCGGGGGGCUCCGCGCCUUCCCGCUGCUCUCACCGCUGGAGGAGGCCUCGGCCUUCCGGCAGGUGGAGCGGGGACUGCCAGGAACCGCCCUGCCGCCCGCCCGCUACCCACCGCUGCCCGGCGGCGCGCUGGAGCGCUUCGCGCUGCCGCCCUUCGAGGGACUGAAGGCGUACGCGGGAGAGUGCGGGCUGCCCGUGAUGCCGCUCACCGUCUACAACGGAGAGCUGCUCUACGGCGCCGCGCCCUACUACCCGCUGAAACUGCACCUGGGCGGCCUCCUCAAGUACCCCGAGUCGGUGUCGUACUUCGGGGGGCCGGCGGCAGGGCUGCACGCCGCCGAGCUGGGUUCGCUGGCCAGCAUCGACCGGGAGAUCGCCAUGCACACGCAGCAGCUCUCCGAGUUGGCGGCUGAGAAGGGCCGUGGGCGGCUGGAGGCCCUGCCAGCGGCAGCUGCGGCCGGCGGGAAGCCCAAGACCGGGCACCUGUGCCUCUACUGCGGGAAGCUGUACUCCCGCAAGUACGGGCUGAAGAUCCACAUGCGGACUCACACUGGCUACAAGCCGCUCAAGUGCAAGGUCUGCCUGCGGCCCUUCGGGGACCCCAGCAACCUCAACAAGCAUAUCCGUCUGCACGCCGAAGGCAACACGCCUUACCGCUGCGAGUACUGCGGCAAGGUGCUGGUGCGGCGCCGCGAUCUGGAGCGGCACGUCAAGUCCCGGCACCCGGGACAGAGCCUUGGCAAGGCGGCCGAGGACAAGAGUGACUCUGGCUACGCGGCCCCCGAACAGGAACAAAAGACUGACAACGAGAGCGACGUGGACGUCUGCUUCACCGACGACCAGAGCGACCCAGAGAGCGGCAGCAGGAGCCACGAGCAGUGACGCGGGAUGCGACCGGGGCAGAGUGGGCCGGUCCGGAGAGGGAGCUCUCCCCUCCCGCUGACUCGGAGCUGGGGCGGUUCCAAGGGAGGCCGUGUCGCGGGGGAGCGCGGGCUGGCUGGCACCCGCUGGCGGCUGGGCGGCCGGCAGUUGGGCCGGGAAAGUAAGGGGGGCGAAACCCUGGCGGGCCUGGGAUCCCACCAAACAGACAGCGCACCCCCAUAGGCGCCCGUAUUUUAGCGGCCAUAUAUUUU